UCCCGGUGUAAUCCAUGUGUGGGAGGCGGAGGUCAACAUCAGUGCCCGCCCUCCAUUGCGGUCCAUCUUAGUUUUCCACUGGAACUGGAGCACAGCAAUGUGUCUAUACUGGCCGAGCCCCCGAAAUCCUCCCGCUUGUUUGCCGCCUCCCCGCACUGGAAUGGCAGGCCUAUGGUAGGCACCACGCCCUACUUUUUAUGUAGGUGCCGGGGAUCCAAACUCAGGUCCUCGUCUGCUCAGUCCUCUAGAAUAGGAAUUCUUAACCUUUCUCUGUGCCGCAGACAUUUUUGCAGAUCUUAGAAAAACUAUGGAAACCCUUCUCAGAAUUAUGUUUUCAAAUGCAUAAAACUAAAUAUGAAGGAUUGCAAGGAAACUUAAAUGCUUAUCAAAAUAUUUUCAAGACUUUGAUGUAGUAUUGUAUAUGCUUUUAUUCACACAAAACAACAUCGAAAGCAUUUUUUUAAGUCAUGUUUAAAACAUCUACAGCAAUGUGAGCUCUGCUGGUGAUGAUGCCACAGGCCUGCUGGUCUUCAGCUAAAAUCCAGUGACCAUUGAGUUAACUUUUUCCCUAGCUACGUUCACCUAACCUGGUUGUCUGAGUUUUCUUUGACAUGUUAAGAUAAGUUGUUUCUGUUUGCUUGUUCAGUUCAGGUUGUUAGAUCGACUUCUUUCUUCUGUGUGUGCUUUCUGGACCUGGACUGUUUGCAGGCUUAGCAGUAAAUGAGGACUUGAGUAGAAAGGAGUCAGCAACUGACUGGAAAGGAAAGAUUUGAACGGAAGUUCAUGGCGAUGCUCCCUGUAGGUGCACUGUGUCCCUCUCCCUGGAGCGCCAUGUCGCUUGAGUUCAUAAUGCUCAGGUGGACUUUAACAUCUGAAUUAAUCAAGUAUCUAAUUAGGUAAUUCACGGGAGGGUUUGUUUGUCGACACCCUCAUAGCAGUCUUCUAUGCACCUCUGGAGCCGUGACGCUCUCCCAGCUGAGCUCUUUGGCUGAGGAAUCCUGACAUCCCUGUAAGGAGAGCAGAUGGACCACCCUCUCCAUCUUGCUGUGGUCUCGGGGGGAGAUGAACUGCUGCAGUCCCAAGGUAUGGAAAGCGGCAUCCUGGGAAGCGGUGAAUGCUGAGCUAGGGAUUGGGCCACUUUUCUAGACAGCUAGAUACAGCUCUCCCCUGCUCCUGGCCCCUGUAAUUAAGCUGCCCAUUUAGUUUAGAUGCUUCCAUUGCUACGCCCCAGCUCUCAAGAAUGUCUCUGUGACCGGAAGCAGAUGGAGACACUCAGAACCGAGAGGGUGGUCUUACUCAUUUCCCCACGAUUCUUGUUCUUAGCCCAUUCUUCUGAUGCAACAACUGAGGCUUGGGGAGAUUACUACCUGUCUCCUUAGUACCUUGUUAGUCAGAAGGAAAACCAGGUCUGUCUGAUGCAAGCCAGGCAUCCCAUGUCCAGUGAGUCUCUCCUGCCUUCAGCAAGCUGUGGACAGGAGCUAAGGAAUGCCAGGAAAAGUAAGACCAGAAGGAAGAGUGCCAACAAAGGCUUCAGGAAGGGAGACAGAUUUUAAAAGGUAGAUGGAACCUGCAGAAUCCCUCAAACAAGUGACCAGGAAUAGGCUAGCAGCGGGGUUUACAGCCCAUAUGACAGGCUGCUCAGAUCAGGGUUGGUGGCUCAUGUCUGUUACUUCACCAUAAGGGAGCUGAGGCAGGUGGAUUACUGUAAGUUCAAGGUGAGUCCCCCCACCUUUUAAAAAAGGAAACACUCUUCUUGCCUUUGCAGGAACCAGGCACACACAUGGUACACAGGCAAACAUACAUGCAGACAGAACACUCAUACACACCAAUAACUUUUUUUAAAGAAAGAGCAAAGGGGCUGGAGAGAUGGUCACUGGUUAAGAGUACUUACAGAGGACGUUCAGUUCUCACUACCCAUGCCAGGCAUCUCAUGGCAACCUAUAACUCCAGGGAUCGCAGCUCUUUUCUGGACUCUCACAAGUGUGGCACACACACACACACACACACACACACGUCAUAGAAAGGGAGGGGAGUGGUGGCGGAAUCCACAGCCAGAGCAGUAGCUGUCCAGUGGCCAUAGGCCUAGCAGAUUCACAGAGGUUCUGAGAAUAUCACUUUACAGAGCUUCGAAACCAUGUCUGCUAGCUCUACGCUGGCCUCUACCCUAUCUGCAGCACCAUGGACAUCCAUGCCCACCUCCUGACCUCCCAGAGUCCAAUAGCAACAGUGUGCAGGUCUUCAGCAAGUAUUUCUAUGAUGUCUGUGAUCUGGCCCUAGGGUCCAGCCUUCAUGGGACCAGGUAACUGAGAUAAGCUGCCUGCCCUAGGGUAAGGCAAGGCUUCCUAUCUUACUGGCCAUCUUGGACUCAACAUGCUUGAGUCACAUUCCAGGCUGGCCACCCGCCCAUCCCAACAGCCUGCACCUCAACUAUGGGAAGAAGGGGCCCACCUGGGGCAAGACUGCACUCCACUGCCUCUGAGCCCCAGCUCUGGCAGAGCCUUCCUUUUUAUCCUGAGUAAUUGUGCCGUUGUCAAAUGAUGCUGUCGUUGUGUGUGGUGGAGCCCUAAUAAAUAUAUGUUCCCACAAAACAGAAAAACCUAUAAAUCAAUAAGGAAAAAACGCACUUACUAAAAAGUGAGCAGCCUGCAUGAACAAUAACCACCAGAGAAGAAAAGCCUCAUGACAUGUUGUUUAACAGGACCAGCAAUGGGUAGGGGCUACCAGGAUCCCGGCUGUGGGCUGAAGUGACGCGGGCCUGUGGCUUGCAGUCCUGGCUCUGCCCUUUCAGAGGAGAGCCUUGCACAUAAUGCUGAAAGAUGGAGAUGGAUAGCCUGUCUCGUGGUGGAGAAGAGCGGAUGGGUUAACUCACAGAAAGCAUGCCGCACAGCGGGUGGUGAAGUGGCCUGCUUAUUGAACAGCGCAUCAGUGAGAAAAGGAACUUGGCCAAGACUCCUGGCACUUCUGCCCGUGGCUUCCUUCGGCUUACAAUACUGCAGUCUGUUGAUGUCAAGGUGAAAAGUGCGCUAAGACCCGACUCAUUUCCUCCACUCACAGUGUGAUUGAGGCACCAAGCCCUCUCUCCCUUUCAGAAACACCAGUUUGUCAUCUGUGAGACGGGCUGCCCUUGGUGACCAGGCAGAGGACCUACACUGAGCUUUCUUUACCACAGUUCCUGAACAUGAGUGUUGGAGCCUCGAACAAGAUCUUCCCCCAGGGGGAUGCCGAGAUCAACUCUACUGCUGGAGGGAAAGGCCGCCCUGGAGGGGAAGAGACCCAGUCCUGUGUGACGUUGACCAACAGGACGGGCUUCUUAUGCCAUGACCGAAGGCAUUGCAUCCCAGCCCACGGGGUGUGUGAUGGUAUUCGCACCUGUCCCCACGGUGAGGAUGAGGAUGAGAACUUGUGCCGAGAUGUGCCCCAGAGCCUCCCCAACUUCCUCCUGGCCCACUGUGGAGAUUCAGCCUCCUGGAUCUACUCGGACCAGAGAUGUGAUGGCAUUAACAACUGUGGGGACUGCUCAGACGAACUGAGCCCAGUAACCGCAUGCCCACCUUGUGGCCCCGGCUGGUGGCACUGCACUCCGACCAUCUUCAAGUACUGCAGCUGUAUCCCCAGGGUUCUGUGCCGGGACCAUGUACAGCACUGCUCUGAUUGGUCAGACGAGUACACCUGUUCUGGACCCUGAGAGAACCCCCCUCCGCAGCGUGGAAGCUGUCACCAGGAACCUUUCUUUCACCAGCGCAUCAAACCUUAGACCACAAGGGCAGGAAGGAGCCUGCCCUUCCAGUGACAUCUCCCCAUUGUCUCUAAACAGGAAUUAGCUUUCUCGUU